AUGCUUCACUCUCCGCUGAAAACAGCGCUGGCGUAUGAAUGUUUCCAAGACCAGGCCAGUUCCACGUUGGCCUUGCCCUCGGAUCACAAGCUGAAAACUAAGGGCACAGGAAAACAGAGGGUCCAAGAACAAGUGAUGAUGACGGUGAAACGGCAGAAGCAGAAAUCGUCCGUGUCAUCGAGCAUGGGCCACUCCAACCGAGGUUCCAUGUACGAUAGUCUAGCUGAUGGUUACGGCUAUGGGACAUCCCGGGGCAGCUAUUAUGCCAAAACCCAAACAGGAAACAGCAACUGGGGAUAUCCGCUGUACAACGGGACGCUGAAGCGGGAUGCGGAGAACAGACGCUACAGCUCGUACAGCCAGAUGGAGGGCUGGGGCAGCAAGCACUACAGCAAGGCUGCUGUCUGCAGCCCCGCCAGGGCCGGCAGCGACUACUGCUUCGUGCAGAACAUCAAGAGCAGCCGCAGCGAGCCGGACCUCUACUGCGAGCCACCCCGCGGCACGCUGAGGAAGACUCAGGUGGGGGGCCGGGCAGAGCACAAGGCAACCUUGAACCGCCAGAGCAUCUACAGCAGCUGUAGCACCCAGCAAGGAACUACCAGGACAAGUAAAAAAAUGCCAGCGCGGGCCCUCUCCUGCCCCUCCAGCAACAAAGCCGAUGUGGUCUAUGCCCAACCCAUGAUGAGCAGCAAGCAGGACGUGGUUUACGGACAGGCUCAGUCCAGCUCCAA